CAACGCGCAACAAACCAACGGCACACGGCGCCGCCCACAUAGCCACCUACCCAUCCGUCCGUCCACCACGAGCAGCACGCCGCACGCAACGCGCCAACACCGUGGCUGUUAACGACGCGACGCGCUUCGUCCGAUCGUGUCCAGCCGGGGGAGGGGAGACGGCAUGGAUUUCCACCACCACCACCGCGUCCACGCAGCGGGGCCGCCGCCGGCGGCGGGGCGGCCUUGGAGCAAGGCGGAGGACAAGGUGUUCGAGAGAGCGCUGGUGACGUGGCCGGAGCACGCGCCCGACCGGUGGGCGCUCGUUGCGGCGCAGGUCCCCGGGCGCACGCCGCGGGAGGCCUGGGAGCGCUACGAGGCGCUCGUGGCCGACGUUGACCUCAUCGAGCGCGGCGCGGUCGACAUCCCGGGCUGCUGGGACGCCGACGACGACGGCGAGGAAGGCGCCCCCGGCCGCCGCUCUGGCAAUAGCCGGACCCGCGGCGAGGACCGGCGUCCCGGGAUACCCUGGACCGAGGAAGAGCACAGACUGUUCCUUCAAGGGCUGGAGAAGUACGGGCGCGGGGAUUGGCGGAACAUCUCGCGGUUCGCGGUGCGGACGCGGACGCCGACGCAGGUGGCCAGCCACGCGCAGAAGUACUUCAACCGGCAGGCCAACCCCGCCAGCCGCGACUCCAAGCGCAAGAGCAUCCACGACAUCACCACCCCUUAGACCCACCCGGCCGCCGACGGCGACACUCUUUCUCGUGAUAAACGGAAGUAUUAGUACUAGUGCAUGACAUCCACAUAAUGAUAGUUUAUCAGCAUCUUAAAUUAGGGUGAAAUCCUUUAUCAGGGCCCAUGGGUCUCUGCAUUACUGUGGACGCACAUGGUUCAAGCCGCACGUGGUUUAGACUUACUAGCUCAUAGCAUAAUUAGGAGUCCGAAAUAUCUUAAUGAGUUUAACGCGUCAACGUCGUGUCUAGUUUAGGUGGAUGCAGACUGACUUGAUGCACCUGCACCUGUCACUGUUCCAUAGUUUUAUGGUGCUUUUAUAUGAUGGUGUAUAGCUUGUACAGUAGUAGUUGUUGGGGGGCGUUCAAAUGAUACAGUGCAUAUGCUGCUGGAUGCUGGUCAA